GAAGCAUGGACAAGUGCGGCACGGAUGGUGGAAAUGUAUAGCGAAGAAAUGAUAAAGCGUUGGAAAGAGGAGAUAGACACAUACCUAGUCUUCGCGGGUCUGUUUUCUGCCGUCCUCACCACGUUCAACGUGCAAUCGUACCUCCUACUCCAGCCCGCUGCCCCCGAUCCCUCCAUCGCUGUGUUGCAGCAGAUCUCCUCCCAACUC